AUGACUUUAAGUCAUAAAGCCUUUUGGUCUUUCGACCGCAGACAGCCUCUCGUGAGAUCCGCCUCGGAGCCUCGCUCCUCUCGUGCUGCUGCACUGUGUGCCUCCGCACCUCCGCGAACGCCAGCGCCCGCGCGCACACCCUCGACGCCUUCCAGGCUCUCGGUGUCCGAGUACUUCGCGGCGCAACGCCUAAAGCGCAGCUUGCAGCGCACAAGCCCCAGCUCUCCUCGAGCACCAACCCGCCAGAUCAUGGAUCCUAGGGAACUCUUUGGUGAAGAGGGCGAGGUGGACGAGUCCAUGGAGGGUUUUCCGAACCGAGGAGAUGCGUCCCCACUCACGCGACGCUCCCCGAGCCGCGGUAACGCUUCGCCCACAACGUCGACACGUCGUGAAGCAGCCUCGCCGGCCCCAGUUGGCUCUCCGAGCCGUCGCGAUCAAGAGCGCCCCGCGCACACGCCUCCUGUGCGCUCGCCGAGCCGUCCACCUGCAGAGCGCGCUGCGCCGUCGAGGGAGGGGCCGCGGCCACCGCUGCGAACUCCGAACCCGUUCCCUGAACGCUCAUCCGGCCUCUACGAGCUGCGCGCGCUCACUGAGCCACGGUAUUCGCCACCUCGUGGUGAAGGCGUGCCCCUGGGCCCCGUCAUCUCCAACCCUUUGGACGAAGCUCAGUCCGAGCAGCGCCCCGAGCUGCGGCCUCUGCAGAACCCCAGCACUGCUGACUACGGCUCCCGGCCUCGCGACCCCGCGGAGGCUUGUCGCCAGGCGUUCCAGCAGUCUCUCGCGCUGCACACCAUUGGGCCCGCGGCCCGUACUCCGGAGGAGCUCGCACUGCGUACGUCUAUGCGAGAGCGGCUCCUCACUCCACAGUCUACGACUGUCGCGGAGUAUCGCGAGAGGCUGCGGUUGCAAGCCCAGCAGAAGUCCGUGCCCGCCAUGCGGACGUACCCGGUGGUACUUAGCCCGGGGGAAGACUCAAUUGAGUACGAAGCUCAGUUCGAGUCUUGGGCCGAGCACAGCCGGAAGCUCAGCUCCAUGGACGCUCUCCGAGCCAGCUUCAAUGAAGUGGAUGUUCGCAUUGAACGCAAGCUCCGCUUUGAUUUCGCGAAGGUCCGAGCUAAGCGCAGCCUCUCGGCACUCGACCAGCCGCAGACCCAGUUUAACGCUGCGCGCUUCGCUCCUUCGAGCGCUCCAGCCGCUCCUUCCCGCGAGGGAGUGAGCGCUGUGGCUCAGGGUCAGCCUCGAAGCAAUGUUGCUGACCCAGCAGCUCCCCAGCUUAUUGCCGGGAAGCGCGGGACGGCCGGCGUACCGGCCUUGAGCCCUCAGGGCGCUGGUGAUCAAGCUGAUCAAAAGCGUCCACGACGUCUGGGCAGUCUUGGCGUCAAACUCCCAUGA